AUGGACUUCCACGGCUCCGGAGCGACCAGAGAGCAGCGUAUCCGUCCUUCCUCCGUGUUGGUGGCUCUGGUGUCGGUUCUCCUCGUUCCUGCUCUCGCACAACUGGACCUGAACCGUCUGGACGGAGACACCGUCUGUCCUCCCAUGAGGUCCGGACAGGACGACCUUCCAGGUUUUGACCUGAUCACCCAGUUCCAGCUGGACGUGAUUCCCCUGAAGGGCGUGAGGAAGGUUGACGGUUCCACCGCCCAUCAGGUGGCCUACCGGCUGGACAAAGAGGCCAACUUCCAGAUUCCUACCAUGCUGAACUUCCCCCGAGGAUUCCCGGACGAGUACUCGUUCAUGACGACGUUCCGGAUGAUGAAGAGCUCGGUGAAGCAGGUGUGGAACGUGUGGCAGGUUGUGGACGAGGACGGAAACAAGCAGGCGGGAUUACGGCUGAACGGAGACGAGCAGGCGCUGGAAUACUUCCUGAUGGGAGCCGACGGAAACCUGCAGACCGUCACGUUCCCCGGCCUGUCGGUGCUCUUCAACACCAAGUGGCACAAGGUGAUGAUCGGCGUUGAGCGCGACCAGGUAACUCUGUACGUCGACUGCCAGCCGGUGGACCGUAAACCCAUCAAGGGUAAAGGACCGAUCAACACCGAGGGGGACACUCUGAUUGGCCGGCUGGACGCCGACCCCGACGCCUCCGUGGUGUUUGAACUCCAGUGGAUGUUGAUUCACUGCGACCCGAACCGAGCCCAGAGAGAGAGCUGCAGCGAACUUCCUGCCUCCGAGAUGUAUGCCAAUGCUGAGCCUGAUAAAUCAGUUCCAGGUCCCCCAGGUGUCGCCGGCCCUGAAGGCCCCCGAGGGCCCGCUGGAGAGAACGGCAGAGAUGGAAGAGACGGUCUUCCAGGAUCUCCAGGAAGUCCCGGUUCUCCUGGCAGCAAAGGGGAGAAAGGAGAGGUCGGUCUUCCCGGACAGAGAGGAAUCCCCGGGAUUCCCGGCUCUCCGGGUUCUCUGGGUCCGAUGGGUCCCCGGGGGCCGGUGGGAGAACGAGGACUUCCUGGUUUUCCUGGACCUCCAGGUCCUCCUGGCCCGGCGAGUGAAGGACCUCCCGGUCCAGCAGGAAAACCAGGAACCCCCGGAGACGAAGGAAACAUCGGACCCGAGGGAACGCCCGGACCACGAGGGACACCCGGCGUUCCAGGAACUCCAGGCGCUGCUGGAGCACCAGGACCUCCGGGGCCACCCGGGGCCGCCAGUGAGGGAAGUGGAGAAUCGUGUCCCGCCAACUGUCCUGCUGGAGCUCCGGGUCUUCCUGGACUACCGGGGAUAAAGGGACACAAAGGUCUUUCAGGUGACCCUGGAAAAGACGGAGAACCUGGAGAAAAGGGGGACGCUGGACUAGCGGGUGCUCAGGGGCCGCCAGGGCGGAUGGGAGACGAUGGACAAAGAGGAGCGAUAGGAUUCCCAGGAACCGCCGGAGAGAAAGGAGACAGAGGUCCUCCCGGCUACAACGGCGUUCCUGGACCCACGGGACCCCCCGGAGCUCCGGGUGUGGAGGGAAUCCGAGGACGCCAGGGUUUCCAGGGAGAAAAGGGAGAUGACGGGCUUGUGGGACCUCAAGGAGAAGCGGGGAUCGCAGGGGAGAAAGGAGAAGUGGGAGAAGCUGGAAAAGACGGUAAAGACGGAAUUCCUGGAGCCGUCGGCACCAAGGGAGAGCCUGGUACUAAGGGAGCUGCUGGUCCCCGGGGGGUUGUGGGUAUUCCGGGUUUGCCGGGGAAGCUGGGAGUCGCUGGACCUGCUGGAGAAAAGGGCGAUACUGGUGUCGAGGGGCCCGUUGGACCAGUCGGACUUCCUGGGAAGACGGGAGAACCUGGAAAAGAUGGAGAAGAUGGAAAACCUGGAGAAAAGGGAUCAACGGGAGAAUCAGGAAAACAAGGUCCGGUUGGUCCAGCGGGUCCUCCAGGAAUCCAGGGUGAAGGAGGAGAAAAAGGAGACCGAGGUGAAAAAGGACUGAAGGGACACACGGGACACAAAGGAGAUCAGGGACUGAUCGGACCAGUCGGACCAACGGGAAGUCAGGGAGACACCGGUCUGGCAGGAGACCCGGGCGUCAAGGGAGAUCAGGGCCCGCCUGGAAUCUCUGGACUCAAGGGAGAGCGUGGAGAGAAGGGCACCAUGGGAGCUACCGGAGCCGACGGCCGGCCGGGCCAGACGGGUCAUGAAGGACCGACGGGCCCCAUGGGAACCCGAGGACUGGACGGAGAGCCGGGUCUUGCUGGACCUCCAGGUCCCAGAGGUUUACCGGGCCCCAAAGUGAGUGAUGACAAGCUCCGGGACAUGUGCUCGGCGGUGGUUGAAGAGCAACUGAAGGCCUUCAUGGAGGAGUUCCUGAAGAAACCAGCAGCCGUCGGAGCUCCAGGAACCGCUGGACCAGCAGGACCUCCUGGACCCCCGGGAGCAGCUGGAGGUCCAGGUGAAGCCGGUCCUGCAGGACCAGCAGGGGCCAAAGGUCAUCCGGGAUUCUUCGGACUUCCUGGAAUCCCCGGGAGGAAAGGAGAUUCUGGGGAAAAAGGAGAUAAAGGAGACCCGGGGGUGAAAGGGGUGGAUGGCGUAGGAGUCAAGGGAAGCGCAGGAGCUACAGGUGCACCAGGUGCCCCUGGUACCCCCGGCGUCGGACUGGACGGUAAAAACGGAGACCGUGGUGAGACAGGAAGUCCCGGCGUCCCCGGAGCCGCCGGCCCUCGGGGACCGUCGGGCUCCCCCGGCCUCUGUGACCCCUCCACCUGUUUAAACCGGUUCACUCCGCUUUAUAUGACCGGCGGGAAGAAAUCGUCCGGGUACAAAAACAAGUGAGACCCGGCAGCUCGAAGAAGAAAAACCCCAAAAUCUCUUCCUGUCAGCGAACAAAGUUCUUCAUCAGAACCUCAAACCAAAGAGACUCAAAGCAACCGGCAGGAAAACAACUGUACAGUUUUUGUAAAGACCUUCUAACUCGUGAUUUUAGACGGAGCUCACAACAUUAUUAUUCAGGUAAAGAUGCUAACGGAUGCCGAGCAACUGCUGCGAUCGACGUUGGGCCCCGACGCCCGAGAGCUUUCUGAGACAAACAUACGCCGAAAGAACUGACAAAUGUUUCAAAUGCUUUACAUUUCUCUGAUUUCUCUGAUUUUCUCUGACGUUCUCAGCUCAGAGACGUUAGCUUUGCAGGAUUUACAUACAAAAAUGCUUAUAAAUGCUGAUAUCAAACACGAGACCUGAGCUAAUACCUGUAAUCUAUGAUCGUACAGUCUGUGACAUAAAUGUUGUUUUCUAAACAUUGUAAUGAAGUGUUAAAUCUUGGAAGUGUACAGAAAUACAUUAAAUACAGAACCUGUCUGUGA